GAGCAGGUAAAAAUACCUUAUCCCCUUCGAAAAUGUCGAGAACAGUCUCUCAGCUUUCUGCAGUUGCAAUGGCUUCCUUAACAACAUCUUCUUCUUCUUCCUCGCUUCUCCCCAAAACCCUACUUCCCGUAAGCCACCUGAAUCAGUACCCUACACUCUCCGGUAUCCGCCUAUGCGGCACAUGGAAUCCUCUGCUCCGGAGUAUCUCCGCCGCCGGGUUUCGGCGUCGUAUGGCGAUAGUCAAGGCUGCGACGGUGGAUUCGGAUUACUCAUCGAAACGGAGCAGUAGCAACGAGCAGAGAGAGACGAUUAUGCUUCCUGGGUGCGAUUACAAUCACUGGCUUAUUGUAAUGGAAUUCCCCAAGGAUCCAGCGCCAACCAGGGAGCAGAUGAUUGAUACUUACCUUAACACUCUUGCUACUGUUCUUGGGAGCAUGGAAGAGGCUAAGAAGAACAUGUAUGCAUUCAGUACCACCACAUAUACUGGAUUCCAAUGCACUAUUGACGAAGAAACAUCUGAGAAGUUCAAGGGUUUGCCUGGAGUUCUCUGGGUUUUGCCUGACUCCUACAUAGAUGUCAAGAACAAGGACUAUGGAGGCGACAAGUACAUCAAUGGAGAGAUAAUCCCGUGCACAUACCCAACAUACCAACCAAAGCAGCGCAAUAACUCCAAGUAUCAAAGUAAGAGGUACGAAAGAAAAAGAGACGGUCCUCCUCCUGAGCAGCAGAGGAAACCAAGACAAGAACCAGCCGCUUCUGAUUCCUCCUGAACGAUGAUAAGACAGGCCGUUGUACCGGAGUGUGUGAGAUUUUGAUCGAUCGGUUAGACGGUUAGUCGCUUAGCUUAUUCUACUCGGAUGUAAAAUCGUCUAGUAUCCAAUGAUGAUAUAGUAUAUCAUCAUCAUUCCUUGGAACAAUGCUUGUGGUUAUGUAGAAUGGAAACUUGAACUAGUUUUAAGCAAUCAUGCUUUUGAUUUUCGAAAAAACUACAGUAUACAUUAUUUUCUUUUGAUACUUUUGGUUCGAUUAA